AUGGAAGAAAGCUUAUUCGUAAAUCUCGAUGGGAAUAAAAACCUCUUUGAUUUGAUUAAGAAAUACGAACAGAGGAUGAAAGGAAAAAAAUACACCAACGUGCUUUUCUCAGGGGACUGUCAAGAGGAGAAGCUGCAACCAGGGGGGGGUGCAAAUGAAAAAAGUGGGUCCCCCGAACCAAUUGAGCAGCAUACACCGAACGAGGGAAAAUUAAGAGGGGGCAAAAGAAACUCCUUCAUCUCCGAAAGCGACAAGCUGCACCUGCUGCACUGCCUCAGCAGAGCCAACUUCUCCAAGGAAAGGACUUCGGAUGGUCCUAAAAAAAAGGAAAAUGUCUUCCGCUACCAUUCGUUUUGCAUAACUGGGGGGGAGAAGGUCGCCAUGCAAAGGGGAGACAAGAUCGCUCUGCAAAGGGGAAGCCAUGCCUCUUCUCAAAAAAUAAGCUCGGCGAGGGGGACCCACAGGACAGGAAAGCAGUGCCUCAGGUCCCAGCAGAGGAGCGUCAGGCUGGUGCCGAAGAAAGCGUCACCGGAGGGGCUAAAGGCGGAUCUGAGGGAAGAGUUGACGAAAGCGUCCGGGGAGGAACAUCCCCUGGAGGCGCAAAAACCCGGCGAGGAGACCACGAAGCAACUCCAUCCAUCGCCACCCAUCACCACAAAAGACACAUCAGGAGAACGUCCAGCCGGACAACACCGUCGCUGCUCACAACUCUGCAAGAAGGAAAAAGACACCCAAGCGGACCUCAGAAGUAAUGAUAAAAUGAAAAGACACAGAAAAGAUACUCUCCAUUCUUCUGGAAGUAAUAACUCCUCCCGCUUAGUGCAAAUCUUAAGAGGAAAAAAGAAACAGAAAGAUGAUUUUAAAAAUCACUAUGCCAUAGACUUAGUACCUUCUGCGGUACAUGGGAAGAAGAGCUGUCCUAAUUUGGGCCUCGGGGAGGGAAAUGGUUCGAGGACUAAAGUGGUGAACUCAGCCGAAUUGGUGAAGAAGGACGGAAUGAAGAGGGAGGGAAUGAAGAAGACGACCAACGGGAGGAGAGAAGGACUCCCUCGUGGGUCAGGGUUUAACCUUCAAAGGGGCCGUCCUCCCGUCGAUAGGCCAAAUUUGGUUUCCGUCCAUCGCAGCAGCUGUAGUAGUGACAUCUGGAGUGGACCGCAUCGAAUUAAGAACCCCAAAUGGGAAACACCAUGUAAGGGAGCAAAGAAAGAUCCUCCCCCUCCAUGUGAAGAAAAUAGGCACACGAGCAACUUACACAUCAAGAUUGACCAUUCUUUGGAGAACUCCCUCAUCCUCACUGUAUCAUCGUCCUCUUUGCCAUCGUCAUCCUCUUUGCCAUCGUCAUCCUCUUUGCCAUCGUCAUCCUCUUCAUCUUCGUCAUCGUCUUUGCCAUCUUCUUCGUCCUCCAAUGUAAUUUCUUCCGUCUCUUCCUACGACAAGGACAGAGGGAGAAGAAGCUGCAAUGUUGUGAGGGAUGGCGGAGAUGUCCACAGGGGGGGAUACACACAGGAGGGAUACACACAUGGAAUGACACAUUCUACAGUUGGGAGGGGAGAAGCGGUGAAGCGGAAUGAAAACAUUUCUCCUCCUGCCACUCUUUUUGAAAUGGACACCCAGAAGGAAGAACAGUUCAGGGGGGAAAGCGCAGAGGAGAGUCCUCUUAAUGGAGAGAAGUCCCUUGGGGGGGAGCCCGAUGAGGAGAAAACCGGGGGAAAGAACGAACCACUAAGUCUCCCACGGAAGAGCGAUCAGGAGUCCCAGACGGUGCCAAGGAAAAAGGGGAAGGGGAAAUCCAGAGGAAAGAGGGCAAAAAAGGGCAUCCCGAGCCAUGCAAAGGUUAAAGAAGUUGGCCCGGUGGAGAAACGCGGCCAGAUUCACAGAAUGGACCAGACUGACAAACCCGGCCAGACUCACCAAAUCGACCCCGUGGACAAACUCAACCCGGUGGACGAAAUGUGCCACAUCGUUCGGUACAAAAAGGCCAUCACCAGACUGAAGAGGAAAAUCUUAAACGAGGUAAAAAGGAUUAGAGAGGUGCAUCCAGUCAGAGGAGGAGGAGCAGGAGCGGGAGUAGUAUUAGGAGGAUCACCCGCCCAUCCGGGGACAGAUUUGGUACAGUUUCUUAAGCGGGCCAAGAGAAUGUUGGAGCAUCGGCGGGAAGGGUCAAUCAGUGGGAAAGCAGAUGCGGCAGAUGGGGAACUCAGGCCAAAGGGAAGAUACAACCCUGAGUCUUACCCGCGCGCAGAUACCUGCGAGCUGUUUCUGCAAGAAAUGAAAAAUGAAGCGCUCCUGAGAAGAUACAUAGACCGGCAGAAGAAUCUGAUGAGGCACGUCAACACAUAUAUUUUGAUUCACCAGAGGAAGCACCAGAAAGAGUGUCUCAAUAAAAGGAGAGCAGGAAAAAAGGGGGAAAACAACGGUGUAGGUAUCUCGUUGAAGGGGGAAGAUAACAACAACAGUGUGGUUAAGCAGGAGAUGGACUCCAAGGAGAGGAAGAAAAACGAAAGGAAGAACCAACCUGGGGUGGAAGUCACUAAAGAAGGGGAGUCUUCUCCCACGAGUAGUCCACCCCAGGGGGAAGAUCUCCAAAUGGUUGUUACUCCAGUGUUAAGCGAAGCUGCGCGGAGGAGUCCGCAUGGGUGCCACCUCCAGAAGACAGACUCAUCGGAAAAGCAUUCACUAAUGGAAGCACAUGAAGGAGAAUAUUCCAUCCUCACCACGAAGGAAGAGGCAGACGAAAAUGCGAAAGAUGAGCAGGAAGGGAAAUUAAAAAAAAGUGAAAUGAGCCUGACAGAUAAGACUAGCGUCGAGGAGGCAAUUUUAGAUAGUCAUACAUUUGAAGAGAACCUCGUUCAUGUUGGAAGCUUCUCUUCGCAACGAGUGAAGGAGUUCCUCAACGGAAGAAGCGACAUCAAAACGGAGGGAUUUGAAUCGCCAAAUGGAUGGAAUGCCCUCAGGAGUAGUCCACUUUUCCUGUCCCAUUUGGAUACUCUGAGCAAAUCAGAAGACAAAAUUAAUGCCAUGAAGAGUGGAAAAAUGUUCCUAUGCUCCAGUGAGAACAGGGCACCACGUGAGGAGUACCUCCGUCAGGUUCAACUCAAAAGAAGGGAGCAGAUGCCGCUCGCAACGAACAUUAAGACGGACCUUUUGGACAACUGUGCUGCGAUUUUUUCCUUUCUGAGGAGCCAAUUUAGGAAGGUAAACUCGGCACUCACGGGGGGCGACCGCUCCACCGGGAUCACCUCCCCAACCAAAUUUGCAACCACAAGAAGGGAGACCACCCAACGGGACUAUCUGCGCAGUCUGCGAAGAAGCGUCAAGAGACAUCUGGAGGAGCUGCGAAGAACGAAGAUUGUGGCAUUAAUCCUUUCGGUCCUCCCUGAGAAAGGGAACUCCUCGUGCACGCCGACCUGCAGUGUAAAGGGAGUGGGGAGGCCGCACACAUCCGUCAUGCGCGUAGGACAGCAGCACACAUCCAUCAUGGGCGUAGGAGAGCAGCACACAUCCGUCAUGCGCAGAAAUGCCCAAACUGGAUUGCACCCCUACCUGUGCCACACCCAGUCAGGUGUAGAGUCCCCACUAACAUUUUCAGAAGACGCAGAAAGGGAAAAAUUGGAAGCACCUGAUGAGGGGGAACUCUCCAGUGGUGAUUAA